AUGAACGAGCUGAACGCUGUUUCGACAAACUCCAGUGACUCCACUAAGAACGGUGGUACUUCCAAUAGUCCCGACGAUAUGGACUCCGCAGCAGCAGCUAGUCACGCAAUAAAGAAAAGAACAAAGGCCUCUCGGGCAUGUGAUCAGUGUCGUAAAAAGAAGAUUAAAUGUGAUUAUAAAGACGAAAAGGGUGUCUGCUCAAACUGUCAAAGAAAUGGAGACCGUUGUGGUUUUGAAAGGGUUCCUUUGAAAAGAGGGCCCUCGAAAGGCUAUACGAGGAGCACUAGCCAUCCGAGGACUAACGAAAUACAAGACCACAAUAACGCAAGAUCAUAUAAUACGUUUGAUAACGGUAACAAUACGAACAAUAGCAUGAGCAAUAGCGGCAACAACGCUGUCAAUAGUAACACUGUCCCAAGUACUCCUUCGAGAUCUAAUUCAGUUCUAUUGCCUCCACUAACACAGUACAUUCCUCAAGCUGGUGGCGUGCCUCCUGGUUACUCGAACUCAGCGAUUCAACCAACCAUACCCGCCGGUAAUAUUGGGCAGCAGCAGUUUUGGAAAGUCCCCUACCAUGAGUUUCAACAUCAAAGAAAGGGAUCUAUUGAUUCUUUGCAAAGCGAUAUAUCGGUAAGAACAUUAAAUCCGAACGAACAGUUGUCUUAUAACACUGUUCAACAAUCCCCCAUAACGAAUAAAACCACUAAUGAUUCUGGCAAUGCAAACGGGAGUAUCGCCGGCUCAGGUAGUGCCUCUGGCAGUGGUGGUUACUGGUCCUUUAUAAGAACUUCUGGUUUACUAGCUCCUACAGAUGACCACAAUGAGGAACAGACAAGAAGAUCAAGUUCCAUACCUUCUUUGCUACGAAACACUUCAAAUUCUCUUUUAUUAGGUGGCCAGCCUCAGCUUCCCCCACCCCAGCAACAAUCACAGGCGCAAGCGCAACAAAAGCUACAACAAGGACAGAAUCUAUACUCGUAUUCUCAGUUUUCCCAGCAGCAACCGUACAACCCAUCGAUAUCAUCUUUUGGUCAAUUUGCCGCCAAUGGAUUUCAUUCCAGACAAGGAUCAGUUGCCAGCGAGGCUAUGUCCCCCAGUGCACCUGCCAUGUUUACGAGUACAUCCACAAAUCCUGUAAAUGUUGCACAGCAAACACAAAGACUUCAAGGACAGGAGGUGCCGCAAUUUUCAUCCGACUUGGAUGUAAAUAAAAGGCGACAAUCAGCCCCAGUAUCGGUAACAAUAUCUGCGGACAGACUGAAUGGUAAUGAAAAUAAUAAUGGCGAUAUUAGCAACCAUAAUGGUAGCAAUAAUAGCGGUUCUUCUAAGGAUCCAUCUCAACAUUCCCAAGAAUCUGUAACGACACCAGCAGCCUUAGAAGCAUCCAGCCCCGGAUCCACACCGCAAAGAAGUACAAAAAAGCGCAGGAAAAGUUACGUAUCCAAGAAGGCGAAGCCAAAGAGAGAUUCUUCUAUUUCUAUAACAUCCAAAGAUUCUUCUCACCCAAUGACAACUAUCGCGUAUGGACAGAUAUCCGAUGUGGAUCUGAUAGAUACUUACUAUGAGUUCAUACAUGUAGGAUUUCCGAUCAUACCUUUAAACAAAACGACCUUGACCAGUGAUUUAUUGUUAGUUAACACUCAGCCAAUUUCCAAUAUACACGAAGUCAAUUCAUAUGUUAUUCUGUGGUUCAGAAACUCAUUGGAAUUGUUAGUUCGUGUGGCUCUGAAACAAAAGCCAGGUGGCAAAUUUUUUGAUAAUAUUGUUGGCAUGCCUAUGUCACCAGGAAAUGACAACAACAAAGCUGGGUUCACCACAGCCGCGGCAAGAGAUGAUACUGAGAAAACAAGACGUGAUUCGCAUAAUGAAGUACAGGAUACUUUAGAAGUACAAAGCGUUUUUAUUGCCGCUCUUAAUGAAUGUUUUCAAAAAAUCGUAGAUAUCCAUCCCAAAUUCAGAGAAAACAACGACCAAAUUUCGCCGAAGAUCAAGGUUAUCUAUCUAUCCACUUUUAUUCUUUUAAAUUACAUAUUGGCAUUUGUUGGAUACGAUAAUUCAUUCGUACUGGGAAUGUCAGUAACAAUUUUCAACGAAUUUAAACUAUACAAACUAUUGCUGUUUCCGGAGCCAGAUAUUAAUGAUGCGACGGCCCCAGUUGAUGACGAGGUUAACACGCGAAAUGAGAAUACAAAAACGUCCGAAUUUGAAAUUGGAUCAGAAAGUGCUGGGCAUAUGAAUCCAUCCAAUUCACCAAACUCCAUGGACGAAAAUAUGAGUCAUUAUUCAGUGCUAUUCAAAAGAUUAUACGUCUUGCUUUCAGUUUUUGAUUCUUUACAGAGCUGUGCAUUCGGUGGGCCCAAGCUAUUAAACAUUUCCAUCCAAGGUUCUACAGAAAGGUUUUUUUCUAAUGAUUUAGCCUCAAAAUGGUGCCUAGAGCAGAGCCAAUUGAGAUUGAAAAGCGUUUUGCAAAGUUUGAAAUUGGGUGAGUUGAUGAGUGAGCUGACCAGAAAUAGAAUAUCAAUGAACGCGGCUAGGAAGCCUGGGUUCGAUAUUGCCAAAUCUUCUUCAUUAUUGUCGGAAUAUGUGGAGACUCAACCCAUAUCGGUAGCGCAAUUAUUUUGUAAACUAUUAAUUGGAAAGCACAAUUUCAUUAACUGUUUAUUGUCGUUAUAUGAUUCAGAAACGGAAGUCUACUCAGAACUAACGUUGGACCUGAGUUCGAAAAUAGCAGAUUCUCUGUGUUCAUUAAUAUCAAUAAUUUUGCAAGUAUUGACAUUGAUAUUAAGACUAAACCCCACAAACAGUAUUGAUUUUAACUAUAGACCUCCGAACCCGCCCACUAAUGACUCUACGGUACAAGAGACCCCAUCUGCUAUGAGCUCGUCCCCAGUGACUGGUAAUGUCGACGCUGCACCUCCAUCCGAGGGGAACCCAGAUUUUUACAAGAAAUUAUUGGGCUUGAAACAAGACACUGGUACAAUCCUUUCAGACCUGUGCCGGGGAGUAAUUUCCCCUUUUGCUAUUGCCAUCCUGCACGAAGUCUACAACAUCACCGAACUGGUCAAGCAAAUGCCUACAUCACUCAUUAGCAUAAUGAUGACAGCCACUACCACACAGAAUACCCAAGACACCAAGAAGUCACAGGACUUGGUCAUGAAGCUGUCAAACUCGAUGAAUGAAGUAGUUCAGAUUACCAGCGUGCUUACAAUGAUCAAGCCGUUCAAGAUCUUCGAGCAUGAACUCAAUAAGCCCAUUAUGUCCUUGACAGGAGGACUUUCACCUGCUACCAGAAACGACGUCAUGUGGACAAGAUCAGGCCAAAGCCUCCGCGAGUCAUCAGUUAUGAAGGCAUUGCUUGAAGAACGCCGUACUUUGAGCACACAACCGACAACGGCGCCAGCAGCCGCAGUGGAGUCCAGGCUUGAGAACGUUGCCCUGGAAAACUUCGUCAGUAUCGGCUGGAAGCUGUUGGACGAUUCCGAGUUAGGUUGGUACUGA